AUGUCACCCAUACCAAAUACCACAACAAGAGCUCAGGAGAAGAUACCAGCAAACAUUAUCCUCUCUCCGCGCGAGCUGAAGCAUUAUCGGCGAUGGCAGCAUCUCUACACAUCCCUCACACCCGCUGAGCAGGGCUACAUUCCAACAGCAAUGGAGUACGAAGAGUUUCAACAGUGGUUGAAGAGACAGGACUCGGGCUAUUUCUCAGACACCUUCGAGGAUAUUUCCGAUCACAUCAAGCCCAUGGACCUGGAUCCGUCUGCGUCCAGUCUUGAGUCACCAGUUGCAGCAAUCUGCCGCCACCCAAUGCAUCCGGUAACAGCGGAAAAAAUACGGUCGCGAUGUCCUGUCUGCACUAUCGAUGUGCAUAUCAAUUACAUGAAAGUGCUCUCACAAGCCCUCGAGGCCGCCGGCGGUCGAGCACCGUCAUGCACGCUUACUACGUCUCAACACCAAGACACCGUAUACAGCGCCUGGAGUCGGGAAAAGAUAUAUACACUGAAGGAGCUAUCGGAGCUCGAAAUGUUGGCCGAGCAAGAGGCCGAGUGGUUAGCAGCACAUCCGGAGCCAAAGUUCGAUUCCAUACAAACAGCCACCAAGGCGCUCGAGCUGUACUGGUUCGAGACCUUUGGCUUGCGAAAUGUCAAACCCGUCGCGAAGAAAGCAAGGAAGGUGGGGUUUACGGCAGAUACCAGGUUUGAGCUAGGACGUCCGCAAGCGUACUACUGGAAGCGGUCGCCGCGCUACGAGCCCGGCAAAUACGCGUUAGUUGAACAGCAAGAGGAUGAGGAAGGGGCCAUCUCCGAAGACUCGGAAGACUACUCCCAGGGAGUGGCAUACCACUUUGGAGCGACUUCGGAGCCAAUAAGGGAAGAUCCAUCACCAGAGGUCCAAGAACCACCACGAACAGAUAACCAAGUCGAAGAGCUCGAAGAGGAUGAUGACGAUAGUGACUGGGAAGACAUCGACCCCGAAGACGACAGCUCGGACCCUGGCGACGAAGUGGGCGAAGGAGACCACAUCUACUUUGAAAUUGAGGAAGAAGCAAGUUUCGUCGUCUUUGCUGACGACUGA